CUACUGUACCUCUCCGCCUCACAUGGCCGACUGUUCCGCAGCGCACGACACGGAACGGCCGUGCACGACCGGCGAAGAGGGCUCGCGCGAGGAGGCGCGCCUCCGCUGCUGCUACCUGCUCCGCUCCCUCAGCCCCUCCGCCCGCGGCCGCACAUACAUCGGCUUCACCGUCGACCCACAGCGGCGGCUGCGCCAGCACAACGGCGAGGUCAAGGGCGGUGCGCGCAAGACCUCACGGCAGAGGCCGUGGGAGAUGCUAGGGUUUGUGCACGGCUUCAGCGACAACGUGUCGGCGCUGCAGUUCGAGUGGGCGUGGCAGCACCCCACCGUCUCGCUCGCCGUGCGGGAGCACGUGGCGGAUCUCGGGCUGCGACGCCGCUCGUACUCCGCCGCCAAGCUGCUGCAGGUGCUCGCCGUGAUGGUCCGCCUCGAGGAGUGGUGCUCUCACCCGCUCGGCAUCCACCUGCUGCGCGGCGAGUGGGCGCCUCGCCCUGGAGCGCCGCUGGGAGGAGGGCCGCCGCCGCCGCCAUCCUCCGACUACGACGCGCUCGAGCGGCAGCUGCAGCGCGAAGGGCGCGCAGCCGCGGGCCUCACCAGAGGCUGCCCGUGGCUGCUGGCAGCGGGCGGCGGGCGGGACGACGACGCGAUCUGGCUCUCCUCGAGCGCCUCCGCGGCGGGGAGCGGGCUCGAGGGCGGCUUUGAGACGGGCGAGUCGUCCGGCGGCGAGGAGGCGGCGGGCAGAGGGGAGGAGGCGGGCGGCGGAGCCGGGGCGGAGGCCUCGCUCGCUCCUCCGCCCCCUCCCCCUCCUCUCCCUACCGCUCUCUCUGCCGCGUGCGCCACCAGCGACUCCGAGGCUACCAUCGCGGACUCGGACUCGGAAGCUGACUCGGAGGCGACGAUUGCAGACGCCCCCUCGGAGGACGAGCCGGAGGCGGGCGCCGAUGAGGGCUCCGCUCACGGCCUGGUCUUGCCUCCCCUGCGGCGGCUCUCCAUCGACGGGGCGUCGCCACCGUCUCACGUGGCUCGAUCGAAACGGCUCUCCGCGCCCUACCCUAUGGCGGUGAGCAGCGACGAGGACGAGAACGCGGGGCGCAACGGCCGACCAAGCACGCCGCCGCUCGGGGAGAGGGUCCGGCGGCGUGCCUCCUCCAACGGGCGCCGCGUGCGCCGGGCCGGAGAAGUCUCUUGCCUUGAUAGCGACGCGCCGUCGUGAGCGGGACAGCGGGACGAUCGAAUUCCCGGAUCCGCGCGCCGGUUGCGGCUUGCGCCAUGAAGCGCGCCCCUUUUGUGUGUGCGGCGUGCGCGGGGAAUACAGUCGCAGUAUACGAUGUCCCAGCGCCGCGUGAGAGGUGAGACGUGUUGCGCGUGUUGCGUGUAGUAAGCUACCGAGAUAUACUGCACAUCGUGUGGCAUCUCCC